GCUCCAAAGAAAAAGUUUUGUAAAAUAUGGCGACGACCGGGCAACAUUAAAAGAAUUUUGUAAAAAAAUUAAUGUUUUUAAGAAAAAAGUUUGUAAAAACCUAUGGAAAAUGUGUUGAUAACAAUUGUGAAUGCAUUGUAAACAACAGCGAGUAAAAAUAUUUUUCAUAUUGAAUGAGGUAUACAUAAAAUGUGGAACAUGAUGUGCGAUGUGAUGCCAACUAUAUCGGAGGACAGCAUCUCCCAAAGAUCGUCACAAUUCAGUGGCGAAGAUGCCAACUUUGAACAACUUAUGGUGUCAAUGCUCGACGAGCGUGACAAGUUGAUGGACAGCUUAAGAGAGGCCCAAGAACGCCUAAGUGAAUCAGAACAAAAGCUUCACGAUAUCGAAAAGGAGAGGGAUAGUUUACAACGCCAAAUAAAUGCAAAUUUACCACAGGAAUUUGCCACAUUGACCAAAGAGCUUACACAGGCCCGUGAAACGUUAUUGGAACGUGAUGAAGAAAUUGGUGAACUUAAAGCUGAACGCAAUAAUACAAGGUUGCUUUUGGAACAUUUGGAAUGUUUGGUGUCGCGGCAUGAACGUUCCUUACGCAUGACUGUCGUUAAACGACAGGCGGCUGCUCAGAGUGGUGUCUCCAGUGAGGUUGAAGUCUUAAAGGCAUUAAAGAGCCUGUUCGAACAUCAUAAGGCUCUUGAUGAAAAGGUACGAGAACGCCUACGUGUAUCCUUGGAACGUAACAAUGCGUUAGAAUCAGAGCUAAACUCAACCAAAGAAGAGCUUCAACAAUACAAAUCAGGUGCAAUGCAAGCUUUACGUGAUAACAAUACUGAAAAUGGUGUCAGCGAAAAGAAUUCAUUAACCUUAAAUGGUGAAAGUAAUGAAUCAUCAUCCAUAAAUGCGGCCAAUGAUUAUGCUGCCAAAACCCAUGAAUUGCAGACAAUCAUUGAAAAGCAAACAUCAGAAUUAUCCGAAUGGCAACGUCGGGUGUCGGCGCUUAAAAACAAAUGCGAUGAAUUGGAUGAUAGUUUAGCUAAAGUUCAAAAGGAUUAUAUGAAAUCGCAGGAACAAUGUUCGAAAUUACAAAGAGAUUUAAGAGAAAAUGUAGCACAAAAAGAAGAUCAGGAGGAACGUAUAGCGACACUGGAGAAGCGUUAUUUGAAUGCACAACGUGAAUCUACAUCAUUGCACGAUUUGAAUGAGAAAUUAGAACAAGAACUACGGCACAAAGAGGCGCAAUUAAAGUUACACGAGGAAAAGAUUAGUGCCAUUGAGGAGAAGUUGGAAUUGUCCGAACAGAAAUUGGCUCAACAGGCCAAAUUGCAGCCCGAUAUGGAGGAGCAACUUAAAGCACGUAUGGAAGCUUUAACAAAGGUAGGAAAUAAGGCUCAAGAGCGCCAUGGCUCGGCUGAAGAUCGUAUACAAAGGCUGGAGGCCAAUUUGGAGGAGAAGAAUGCGGAGGUAGUAAGACUUAACCAAAGACUUAAAAUGAAUGAGGAGCACAAUAUACGCUUGUCCUCAACUGUCGACAAAUUGCUGUCCGAGUCGAACGAACGCUUGCAAGUGCACUUGAAAGAACGUAUGCAUGCUUUGGAUGAGAAAAACGCUCUAACACAAGAACUGGAAAAGGCCCGCAAGGUAGCUGAAGAGUUGCAUCACGAGAAGAGUGAAAUUAUGAAAGAGCUCUCUAAGACACGCUUAGAAAUUGAAAACUUUAAGCGUCAGCUGCUGCAGCAAGAGAUUGCCUACAACAUUCAACAGACAGAGGCUCUAACGCGCAGCUUAUCGCCCAGCAGUGUGGUGGAUGGACCGCAGGCAUUUUCACGCAGUGCUUCCCAUGCUAGUUUCGAGACGCACUCGUUGAGGCGUAACAAAUCACGUUUACAGGAGGAAAGUGAAAAGUUCCAUCGUUCAAUGGCCGAACAGGAAUGGGAAAAAUUGCAACAGGCCCAUGCCCAGCAGGCCGCUUAUGAAAUUUCGGCAGCUGUGGCUGCCGCUGAAUGUGAAGAAGCUCAGGCAGCUCUUUUCGGCGACGCCGAUAUGAUGUCACCAUCGGGGCAUACGGAUGCCCAAACAUUAGCCAUGAUGUUGCAAGAGCAACUAGAUGCCAUAAAUAAUGAAAUAAGAUUGAUACAAGAAGAAAAACAAUCAACAGAGGCUCGCGCUGAAGAACUGGAAUCGCGUGUUGGUAGUUUAGAGCAUGUUAAUCUAUUAUCUCGGGGUCGUUCUAUGGAUCGACAAAGUCCACCCAUGAGCGGUCGUAGCACCCCCAAUAGUCCCAAUAGAGAUUUUAUGCAAAAAUAUCAUACUCUCAAUCUCCCCGUGUUGUCCAGCGACGUCUCGCGAGAUGACAUACAUGGCAUGACUUCGAAUACCGGAGAUUCAAGUUCUGGUGGAGCUGCAUCUCCUUUAACUGCACGCUCAAUGCGCUUAGAACGUGUUGCUCAGGCCCUGGCACACAGCCAAGAAGAACUUCGAAGACGUUCGAUGGGCUUAUCGCCCAACCAGCAAAUGACUAACAACUCAGGUCACAUGACUAUAGCCCACACCGGCUACGGUCUCUCUCCAUUAAGCUCUCGCUAUGGCAGCCAGGAAUCAUUAAGUCGCCACUUUAAUACCAUGGGCUCGAUGUCAAUGCUGCAGACACCCACAAAUGCAGUGGGGCGUGAUGGUGGGUCAGUGGUACAAAAGAAAAAGGGUAUCAAAUCUAGUUUAGGUAGAUUCUUUAGUAAAAAGGAUAAGGUCAAGGGUGUCAAGGACACACUGCCCGAUGGUUCGCCCAGCAUGAUGUCGAUUGGCAAUCUGUCAAUGGGGUUAAGUGAAACCGAAUCCAACUAUGAUGCCAUGAGUAUGACAGGAGGUAUGAUGCCACGCAUAGCGAGUGUGCCCGGCUCGAAAAUAUCUUCGGUCGAUUAUGGAAGACAAAAGAAAGAACACGAUUAUCGUAAUGAUUUACUGGGAGAGGCUAUGAAAGCGGGCACACCAUUUGCUUUAUGGAAUGGACCUACAAUUGUGGCUUGGUUGGAGUUGUGGGUGGGUAUGCCAGCUUGGUAUGUAGCUGCCUGCAGAGCAAAUGUGAAAAGCGGAGCCAUAAUGAGUGCCCUAAGUGACACAGAAAUACAAAGAGAAAUUGGUAUAAGCAAUCCCUUGCACAGACUUAAAUUACGUCUUGCCAUUCAGGAAAUGGUUUCAUUAACUUCACCCUCGGCGCCGCAAACAUCACGAACAACUUUAGCAUUUGGUGACAUGAAUCACGAAUGGAUUGGCAAUUAUUGGCUGCCAGGUUUGGGCUUACCGCAAUAUCGCACAACAUUUAUGGAGUGUCUAGUAGAUGCUCGCAUGCUAGAUCAUUUAACGAAAAAAGAUCUUAGGGGACAACUCAAAAUGGUUGAUAGCUUUCAUCGUACAAGUCUACAAUAUGGCAUAUCGUGCCUAAAACGUCUCAACUACGAUCGCAAUGAGCUGGAACAUAGAAGAAAAAUGUGUGAAAAUGGCUUAUGUGAUGUCUUAGUAUGGAGUAAUGAAAGAGUAAUACGUUAUGUAUCCAGUAUUGGUUUAAAGGAAUAUGCCAAUAAUUUAUUGGAAUCAGGUGUUCAUGGAGCUUUAAUAGCUUUGGAUGAAGGUUUCGAUGCCCAAGCAAUGGCCUUGGCCUUACAAAUACCAACACAAAAUGCUCAGGCUCGCCAAAUUUUAGAUACGGAAUUUAAUAAUCUAUUACAAAUUGCCACAGAUCGUAGACCCGAAAAUGAGCAACUUAAUAAAUCUUGAUCUUAUUCUCCACCCAAUAACCAACUACAGUUAUAUGCCCCCAGCGAUCCUUAGGCUGUCAAAUAGCUUGGAAUAAGCACAUUACAUGACUAGAAAAGAGAACAAACAAAUAAAUAAAUGGGUCUGAAAAUGUAAUUUAAACUAAGCCUUUGAAGCCUUUAAAAAGUCGUCUACGUGUGUUCAUGUUUAAACCAAAAUUUAAAGUGUAACGCAAAUGUGAAAAAAUUAUUUACUGCAAUACUACUACUAUUACUACUCUGUUGUUAUACAUAAAAACAAAACAAAAAACAAAAAACAUACAUACUUAUUUUUGUUAAGUAUGUUAUUAAAUUUAAAACAAACCAAACAAACAAACAUAACAAAUGCCUACAUACUCUCCUCGAAAAUUCGAUAAAUAUACCUAAAUAUAUUUAAGCCUUGCUUCUUACCACUAAAACCACUAACUAACAUUCACUAAAACUAACUUAACUAAUUAAAUUUUACAUACCUACAACACAUGUACUUCAGAAGAAUCAACAUCAACAAAAAGAAAACAUUGACAGUAUUUUUUCAACAACUCCUGCUCCAAGAAAAAAAAAGAUGAUAAGCUUUUCAAUUUCUACUUUCUAAUACUAAUACCAGUGCUAAUCGCUCGUAAACUUCCUGUUUGUUGAUAACUUUUUCUAAGCAAAUAACAAAGAAAACAAGAAAAACUCUAUAUAUUCAAACAUACAAACCAUAACACACCUAUGAACAAGUAUACAAAUACAAUACAAUUGCUUAAAUGCUUUAAAGUACGUAUGUAUACCCUACCCCCCUACUUUUUCACAAGAAUAGACAAAUGAAACCAAUGCAAACCAAUCAACAAUCCUCAAACAACAUACUUAAUAGCUUAAAUCUUAACUAAAAAAACAAACAAAUAAACAAAAAAAUACACUAGAACAUCAUUAGCAUCUAUGGAUCUGGUCGACAUUAUCUCUCGAUAUGAUGUUUUGAAACAACAAGUAUUAAUUUAUAAACAAAAUAACAAAUUUAUAAUUAAUAUACAUACAAAACUAUAAAAUGAAAUUACAGCUUUAAAAGGCAUCUUUUUACUACAAAAAAAAACAAACAAACAAACAACAUCAUACAUACAUAUAUAUAAAUAUAUAUAAAUACUAAACAAUAAUUAUAUUAUUAACAAGAAGAAAAAAAACAAAUAAUAAUAAUUUCGAUUUCUAAACUCUACAUUAAACGCCGUUGAUAACUAAAAAGGUAAAACAAAAACUUGAAAAUUAACCAUAAUACUUGUAGUUUCGUACAUUUGAAAAAAACAAAACAUAUAAUAUAUACAUACAUAUAAAGAAAAUAACUAUAAAUUUAUUAAAUAUAAGUUAAUUUAUACAUAAAAAACAAAAUAUUUGACAAAAUUUCAUACACAUAUUUCUAUGUUUUUCUUUUUUAUAAGAAUUAUUAAAAUUACAAACAAAAACAAAACAUUUUUUAUUUGUUUUGCAAGAAAUAAAAAAAAGUAAACACUUAGACAAUUAAAAAAAAGAGAAAAAAAACGAGCGAAUAUGUAUUAAAAGAUUUUGUAUAACCCAAACUGCCCAAUAAUGUAAUAUGUUUAAGGAAAAACUAAAUGAUACAAACAUUUUUUUUAAGAUUUCCAUUUUUUUGAUUUUUUUAAAUUAAUUUAAGAUUUAAAACUUAAAUUUCCUAGAUAGCUACGUAUUUUAUUUAGGCUUUAACCAAAUAUAGUGUAGAUUUCAAUAUGCCAUUUAAAAUAUUAAACAAUAACCCAACAAUUAUUUAAAUCACAAUUAUUGUGAAUGAGUUUCUAAAAUGAAAGUGAAAUUGUUUACAGAUUAGAAUUAUGAGUAAUGAUGUUUCAAAUAAAUUCAUGACAUACAUGAUUUUUUUUAUCACAAAAUAUAAUAAUGCAUGUAAGUGAUAUCGUUAUUGUGAAUCAAUUUAUAGAAUCGAAAUUCUUAGAAAAAGGAAUAUCAGCUAGUUGGAGGAGAAUGUGAGAACCAAAACCUAUAAAUCGUUUCAAAUGAAAUUCAUUUGAUACUUUAUUUUAUCAUAAUAUGUAAUUGCAAGUGACUCUAUUAUUGUGAUUGAACCUCUAAAAUCGAAAUUCCUAAAAAAUAGAACUAUCAGCUAGUCGAGGAGUUUAAUUCUAUAUGAAUGUGAUAAUCAAAACGUAUUAAUUUAGUUCAAAAUGUUGUUUCAUUAGCAGAAUAUGCUAAAUUAUAUAUGCGUUAGAAUUACUGUGAAUGAAAUUGAAAUUCUUUGCAAAUUAAAAUAAUUCAGAGUUUUAUAUACAAUAUCAUUAAUUCAAUGAGUUUCAUUAACAUUCUUUACAACUUAGAACAAUUCAGUCAUAUCACAUAGUUUAACAUCUCAUUGAUUUAUUUUAAUAUUUUUUUUUUUAUAAAAUAUUUCAUUAAUAAAGUAUUUAAAAUUAUAUGUUUGUUGGAAUUACUGUGAAUGACAUUUAUAAAUUAAAACACUUUAGCCAUUUCACAGUUUUAUUUUUCAUUAAAUUAAAAACUAAACAUAUCCAUUCAUGUCAUUAUAAUUAGUCUUUUUUCAGAUUUGAACUAUCAGAUAUUUUGCAGAGUUCAUAAGAAAAUGAAAAUCAUAAUGCUAUUGUAAAAUAUGUGUGAGUUAUAACUAUUGUGAAUGACUUUCGAAAAUUCGAAAAAAAUAGAAAUGCCCCAUUGAUUUACAUACAUAUGUAGUAGUUGUUGUUGAGUUGGCAGCUCUUGGUAUUUUCGCUGCGUUGAUCCGACUGUCGUGGUAAUGAUAUACAUAUGUAUGUGUGUUAGUUAUUGUGAAUGAAAUUAAAAUUCUUUACAAAUUAGCACAAAUCCGGAAUGACACAGAAUUUUCAUUUGUAAGAAAAAUAAAACUUAUUUAUUUUUACAUAGUGACUUCACACUAUCUCUACCAGCAUAAGUAAACUUAUGCAUGUAUCACAACUAUUGUGAAUGAAAUUAAAAUGAAAAUUUUAUUUUUUAGGAAUUACCACAAAACUGGUACUAAAUUACAUACGAAAGUUUAAAAAUACAACAUAUCUAUUUAUUUCAAUAUAGUUAUCAAAUAUUUGUAUCGUAAUAUGUUAAAUUAUAUGUGUAGCACAAUUAUUGUGAAUAGAAUUAUAAAUUGUUAUUGAAUUAUUUUGCUAAUUAGAAAUUUUCAAUUCGGACGUUCGUUAAAAUCAAAAUAUUUUUAGUUAUUUCAAUACAAUUAUAAAAUAAUUAUGAUCAGAUUCAAAGUGAAAUUAUGUGACUUCUAAAAAUAAGCUCAAAAUCUAUAGAAUUCAGUUAUUUUUAAAAGAUUUGUUUAAAGCAAUUUUAUGUUAUUAAAAUUGUUUCCAAUUUGUUUCCUCUGGUCUCUAUAUAAAACCAGGAUUAGGUUUUAUAACAUAUUUGGAAUAUGCCAUUACUUAUAUUACAUCGUAAGAUAUUAUGGUUAUACCACCGAUUUUGCCAUUACAUGUCUGACAAGCAAUUGUCAAACAUCCAAUAAUAUUUCGUAUCAUAGUUGUGCUAUAACUAUGACUCUUUCUUUUAAAAUACUAGAAUUUUAAUUGAUUUUGAGCACAAACUAAUUUCCAAAGUUUUCUCUUUAACAUCAUUUAAGUUUUCUUCCUUUCGAUAUUACAAUAAGGGCAGUUUUAAUUUUUUUUACAACUUUUGUUUUAUAUUAACUGCAAUAUUUACUUGCAAAAUAAAGCAUAUCCAAUAUUGUUUUUCUUUAUUAUUGAUUUGUUGUUAUUAAUAUUUAAUUACCACAGUUAUAAGUUAUUUAACAUUUUUUUUAUAUAUAUUUUUCUUAUUUAUUAUUAUUUUUACCACCUCUAACUUGCUUGGCCUUACUUUUAUAUAUUUUGUUUCAUAUUUUGUAUUAUAAUUUCUAACAAGUUUCCUUUUUAAGCUAAAUUACAUUUCUGUUAAUAGUUAUGCCUCCUCUAAACCCCUCUAAAUUCCUACACACUAAUAACUUGCACUCUGUUUAGCCUUUAAAUUUUUCAUAAACUAAUUAUUAAAAAAACAAAAAAAAAACAAAAUGCUAAUAAUAUAAAAUAUAGUAUAACUUUACUAAGAAAAAAAAUUUAACUCAUAUAUUAACUAUUAUGAUUAUAAUUAUUAUCUAUAUACAUAUUAUUAUAUACAAAAUUAUAUAGAAGACAUUCGUAUGUACAUAACAUUAUAAACAAAUAAAAUAUAGUGUGAAUUAAUUUAAAGUGAAUAUAAAAAAAAAUACAAAAAACACAAAAUCUAAGCCUUUUUAGGUUUAUUUAUGUAAAAAAAUAAUAAUAAUAAUUAUAAUAAUAAAUAAAAAAUGAUGUAUAAGCAAACAAAAUAAAUUAUAUAUAUAUAUUUAACAAAUAUUAAGAAACAAACAAAAAAUCGGUUAAAACUGAAUAAAUUAACAAUCCCGGUGUACUUAAGAAAUGUUUGGAUUUUUUUUCUUAAGUAGCAAAUAACCGCUCUAAAAAUAUUUAAUACAAAAAUAAUAAUAAUAAUAAAAAAAAUGAACAAAUAUAUGAAUAUUAAUACAAAAAUAAAUAAUAA